AGAUACUCCUCCACCAAUAUGAUGUGAUGAUGCGUGACACUAAAAGAGAGAAGAGAGACACGUGGCAGUGCCAAAACAUUUGAUGAUGAUGAUGGAUUGAUUUAAGUACCUCACUACACACGCACGUUCCCUUUUUAAAAAAACACACACACACCAUUUGCUUUGCUGAGAGAAGAAGAACUUGAUAAUGGAGCAAAGUAACAAAGUUGUAUCAACCAUUGUUGAAAUGGUUUCUGAAGCAUUGUUGAAUCCAUGUUUUGUUGGAAAAGUUGUUAGUAAAUUGGAAGAACUUGAUGUUACAUUUGGUGAAACUGCAGAGGAAGAGAGGAAACGUAGAUUCAAGAAAUUCAUUGAAAAGAUGAUAAGAGAAGAUGAAGAUGCUUUGGUUCUUCCUGAAAUUCCAACCAUUACGCAAGCUGCAGAAUUUCAAGUGGCCCAGAUAACAAGGAGCGACUAUCAUACCCACUUAGUCAAGUUGACCACCGAGGAGGAUGAGAAUGAUGAUACAAUUAGAGGUGUCAAUUAGGCCCUAAAUUAAAGGAUCCAAUUAUCAGGCCCCUUUUUAUCAAGCUCCUUUUCAAAAAAAUUUAAAUGUAUUAUUUUAGGCCUAGCCCAUGUUGUUUUUAUUUAUUAUUGGCCCCCUAUUGGGGCCUUAUUAUAGGCCAAAAAAUUAAAAAAGAAGGACCCGAGAAAGUUUCCGAAAAUUUCCGAAAUAAGAUAUCAUUGCACUUUGAAAGUUUCCGAAAUUUUUUGGAAUUCUCGAGAUACUCGAUUCCGAGAAUUCUCGAAAUUCUCGAUUCCAAAAAUUCUUAAAAUAUUGACACUGAUUGUAUUCAAAGAUAAUAAGAUAU